AUGGAGGACCAAACCGACGGCCCUGAAAACCUAGACGGCACUGGCGCCAUGUAUCACGAAACGCAUACAGAGCUUAGAAACCCUGCUGACGCUCUUCGCAUUCUUGCUGGGUCUAGUAAACACGAAAAUGCUGCGCUUGGACCUGUAGCUUCACACAAUCUCGACAACAUGACACCGUCGGAAAUGUUGACAGGUGAUAGCCUUGAUGGAUUUGAACUGGUAAUGGCCGGUAAUCUACCUCUCGAGGUGGUGUUCCAGCUGCUUGAAAGUUUCUGCCAGAAUUAUCAUCCAUUUUGCCCCAUAGUACCCUCGUACAUGCUUGGACUCUCAGCUGCGAGACUGAUCAAAAAGUCAGACCAUUUCCUCCUUGGCGUUAUUCUCACCAUUGCAUCCCGAGAUUCCCCUCAGCAUUUGGGGAUGCAUUCGCACUGCUGGGCACAUACCAGGCAACUUCUGUUGGACAUAACUCUAGCAGUUCCUUGGACACAAAAGUCGCGUGUGGUCGAGGGCCUGCUUCUUUUGUCUGAAUGGCUACCGCACUCCAUGCUGGAGCAGUCUACAAGCGAAGACUUCGAUCAUGUAUUCGGAGAAGACAGGACGGCGUGGUCCCUCAUCGGCCUGGCGGUACGAUAUGGGUAUCUAAUGCGUAUUGACACGGCUGCUUUUAGAAAUGUUGACCAGCAAGAACCACGAGAGCAACAAGAAUACAAGAGGCUCAUAUGGACCUUCAUAUACAUAGCUGAUCGACAAAUCUCUGCCCGUCUGGGCCAGUCAUUUUGGUCCAGGGGCCCUUCUCUUUCCACCCGUUUCACUGCCAAAGACUUUCCAACUUUGACCACACUUCCAGGAUGCGGUGAAAAUUAUACCUCGGUUUUAGAGGCAACUAUUGAGCUAACACAGAUUCUUCACAAUGCUCACGCGAUAUUGUACUCAUCUCAAGAGCGCACCAGAAUUAUGGUCCGUGAUGGGGAUUACAGUCGCUAUCUAGACGACUUUCAGCGCGCGGCGCAAUCUUGGCAUACCACGUGGAGGGACAUCCAGGUGUCGACGAAACUAAGACUUCCCUUAUUCUUGCUAUUUGAAUAUGUCUGUCUUUACGUGAACGCAUUUUCGUUUCAGGCCAUUCUAGCCCGACGACAGGCCGAAAGGAGACGCAGUCCGAAUCCGCGAGACCGCGAACGGGGCUUGACCCAUCCAUUUGAAGCUGGCAUACUCAGAUCACCAGAUGGACGCUACGUUUUUGACGCGAUAGAUGCGGCAACAAACAUAAUCACACUCAUGAAUGACGCUGAUUCGCAAACCGACCUGCGUUACCUGCCAUCUCGGUAUUACUUAUACAGCGUGUAUGCUUCGGUGUUUCUUUACAAGGCAAGCCGGGCUGGAGCUGUUCGAUCUAAAACCCAGCGAGAAGAAAUUGUUGCCCUCGCCGAUGGACUGAUAGCAAGCCUUGGCCAAACUGCAUCCAGCGACUCACAUAUUGGGCGUACAUACAGCAAUUUGCUCAAGAGACUUGAUUUCAGAGCCAUGACUGGGCAGUGCCCUCCGGUCGCAAGUGAAUCUGACCGGGAGCUUCGAAACCGAGAAGGUGGAACAUCCCAAGUAGCUGCUGGAGGGACAUCUGCUGGACACCAGGACAUUUCUUCACUUGCAAUGCAAAGCGACGACUUUGAAAUAACCCUACCUCCACUGUCGGAUUACGAUAUUGAAGAGUUCAACAAUUUUACUCUUGGCAACAUUUGGCAGUUUUGA